AUGUCUGUACAAAAUCAAAGAGUUCCAUUACGUGAAUAUUCUAACAUAAAAUUGAAUAGGAUGCCGCUACUAUCCAAUGGAAACAACACCAUCCAAAAAUUUGAUCGCAAUGAAAUUCCACAAUUAACUGACAAUUUAAAUGAAAAUUCACAACCAAUUGAUUUAAACACUAAGCUUAAAACAAAUUCAAACCCUUCAACUGUUGCCUCUCCUGCAAAUAAAAACACCCAGAUGAGUAUUCUUUUGAAUGAGUCUCCCACGAAUAGAAUUCUAAAAACACUUAUUCCAAAUAUAUCUUUGUAUAAUUCUACUGCUAGCAUCACCACCAGUAAUAAUAAUAACAACAUAGCAACUAAUAAAACCACUGAAGAUAUCAAUGAUUUACACAGUUCCGAUAAGGUAAAAACUAAUUAUACUGAACUGUCCAAACGGCUACAAAUUAGAUUACAAUUUGCAUAUUAUAAGUUACGAACAAAACAGAUUGAUAAGUCAUUCUCAGAUUUGAAACAUAAUAUGGUUAAUAGAAACUCUCAAACAAUUAAUAACUUUUCUAAACACAAUAUAUCUUCAAACAGUGCUAAUAAAAUAAUUAAAGAAUCCAAUAACAUUAGAACUAAAAGAAGAAAACUUGUUGUCUCACAUGGUAACUAUAAAACUCCUGCUAAGAAUCACCCUAAAAUCAUUAUCGAUGAAGUUACGUCUAGCGAUACAGUAAUCUCAACUCCUUCAACUAUGGCUAAUAAUACAACAACACAAACUAUCUCAGCUGAUUCUAAUAGAACUGGAAUUUUAGUUCCACAGAUAAUCAGCACAGCAGAAACAACAACUGCUACCACUAAAACCGUAGUAAAAAAUAAUGAUGACACUGACACCAAUAAGAAUAUACCUAUUGAUAUUAACACAUUAUCUCCAAAUAAUAACACAACUCUACUGGAUUGCCAUACAACACCAAUCCGAGGUUCAUUAAAACAGCUAUCAAAAACCCAUGUUGAACAUGUCCUACCUAGUACUAACUCUGUUUCCAUACAAGAAACGCCAAUGAGAGUCAAGGCUGCCAAGUCAUUAAUACAAUUAUUCUCAAGUAUUUCUAAAUAA